AUAUAGGCAAUAUUGCGAAAUCAUUACGAUCUUUGAUGGACCUUGAGGAAGAGCGUGCUGCAUGCAUAGCCAGAAACGAAGCUAAGUUAGCAGAGCUUGGUCUUUUGCAUUCACCUCCCAAGUCCAACAAAAUUACAAGCACUGGAUUGAAAUCCCGCCGACUUCGUAGAAGGAUCGACCAAGCAGUGCAGCCGGCGGUCGACCUUGUCCGCCCUACAUCACGGCACAGUAGGAGAGAGGUCACAGCCAUUACAGGAACUGUUACCACUGAAGAGUCCGAGGAAGACUGUGAAUUGAAAUCAGCACAUGAGCGCAUGGAGGCUAUUCAGAACGUUCCUGAACCUAGUCAAGGUGACCUUCCUGGCCUUCAAGGCAUUCCAGUGGAGGUUCGGGAAAUGGCAUCAAAAAUAGGCUUCGAAAUCGGCAGUAGGCCGUUCCAGCUGUUCUACACAGCAUAUGAAAAAUGGAAGUCGGAUUUCAAGCCUGCUUUUAACAGUCCAGGAUCAGCCAAGGCUACCAUGGACAUGUUCAGCACCCUCUACGAAAUGGGCUUCAGGGAGAGAGACCUUCUUGACCAGCAGCAGGUCAACAGGGUGAGCCUCAAAACGUUCAAGGAGAGUGUCAAGCCCAAGAUGGUACACAUGGUGCCACCAAACUUCAUCAAUGGGCUUGAGGCAGCCUUUGAGGCGGUUGCCAACCCAAACCCCCGGAAGA